AAAACAAAGGUAAAAAGGAAGUAGCAGGUAGGAUUGAAGAAAGUCGAUCAGAAUCGAAGAAAUGGAGUUCCCAUUCGGUCACGCUCAUCAUUCUCACACUCAUCACCAUAGGAACGAUGAUGAAGACAACCGAGAAAGACCACCACCGCCAAAUCUUCAUCACCAUGAGUUUCCUCCGCCGUCUCACCACUACCCGCCACCGCCUAACUACCAGCAACCACCCGCUUUUGACGGACCAUAUCCACCGCCACAACCAUACUUCCAGCAACCUGCCUUUGACGGACCAGCACCGCCAUACUUUCAGCAACCGGGCUUUCCGUCGCCCCCUCCGCACCAACCACCAUUCCAUGGAACUAAUGUCCACCACCAGCCUGAACAUAGUUCAUUGAACUACUCUCCACCACCAUCUGUUCCACAUGCUGCCCAUGAAAGUAUCCAUGGAAGGAUUGAUCAUCAUCAUCAUUCUGGAUCUCAUUUGCCACCUGAAUUCCACAACAAACCUACUGUUAAAGUCUAUUGCAAAGCUGAUCCUAAUUAUCAUCUUACGAUCAGAGAUGGUAAAGUUAUUCUUGCUCCAUAUGAUCCCUCUGAUGAAUUCCAGCACUGGUACAAAGAUGAGAAAUUCAGCACAAGGAUUAAAGAUGAAGUGGGCUUCCCUAGUUUUUCUCUUGUUAAUAAAGCCACUGGUCAAGUCAUUAAACACUCCAUUGGAGCUUCUCAUCCUGUCCAACUGGUACCUUACAAACCAGAUCUUGAUGAGUCUGUACUAUGGAGCGAUAGCAAGGAAGUCCAUGAUGGCUACAGAGCUAUAAGAAUGAUUAAUAACAUUCGCCUGAAUUUCGAUGCUUUCCAUGGAGAUAAGAAAUCUGGUGGCAUCCACAAUGGUACUACUAUUGUGUUGUGGCAAUGGAACAAGGGAGAUAACCAGAUAUGGAGGAUUGCACCAUACUGAUGCUUGUAAUAAGGUGCUUCUCGUUAUACAUUGAAGAUGUAUCAUGCCUGCAGUCGAUCUAUAUCUAUUGCUUUGAAGAAUCCUAUACAUUAGCUUCUUCGGGUUUUUGUUGUAUGUUUCCAUUCCAUGCGUGAAUCUUCAUCGAGAUGCCUACUAAAACAUUAUACCAGUGUGUGCCACAGAAUAAAGAACAUCUAUUGCAG